AUGGCUGACAAGUACAUCAUCCGGGUGACCGCUGGGUCAAAUUACGACGUGGACAGCCAUCAGGUGGUUCCAGUCAACUCGCCUGAGCUUACCAGGAUCAGCAAUGAGUUCAUGGACAUUGAUCUCAACGUGCGAGUACAAAACUACAAGGGCCUGCCCAAGAACUCCCCAGCCACUUCGGCCUACUUCUCGCAACCUCCACAUGACUACAACAAGGAUCAAUAUAGCAUAUCACUGCAGUUCAAACCUAAGAGGUCGUAUGCAGGUAGCUUGCCCGGCUCCCAGAAGGGCGAACCUCCGGUGGCCAAUGGGACUGCGAUUGAACCCGACGCUUCUGGCGAAGCCGGGGACGAGGAGGAAGACGAGGAGCCCAGCAACGGAAUUUCUGCCGCGGAUCUCCAGUUUGGCAACGAUUUUGAUCAUCCGAUUCGUGACCGACUACCGCCGGGGUUCAAUACGGCCAUGAGCAUCGUGAAAUGGUGGAUUGAUCCUGGCCUGGAUGGUGAUGCGUACGCUGAUCAGCCAUACCUAUACGGCCCGGCGCUCUCGUCUUUCAAUGCAAUUCACGUUGGCAAGGCCGAGCACAACCCAGAAAAGGGCGGCCUGUGGUUUGAAGAGGGAGGUGAUGAAGCUGGUCUCGCAGCACGCAAGGCUAUUGGCGCGCCAGAUACCGCCAAGGCACGAAUGAAGUGGGCGCUCAAGGAGGACAGUAAGGCCAAGUGGACGUUUGAGUAUGGAAAAACGUAUUGUGCCGACUUUUUCAAUCCUUACCUCGACUUUGGCGACUUUAGCUUGAAGCUCCCUGGCUUUACACUCCCCAUUAUGAAGUAUUGGGACGGCCAGGGUCUACGAUACGUACUACGAAACAAGUCGACAAGUGAUACUUACCUGGUCGUCAUAUUCAGUCUAUACUUGAAGGAAGACGUUAACGAGGAUGGCUCACUCAAGCCUGCGGCAAUAGAAUCGCACAAGAAGGUAGAGACGGGAUCUGUGGAUGUGACGAGCGAAGCAGCUGGCGAAGCAGAGGACCCAAAAGUCCUAGAAGAAGCUAGAAAGAAGUUGGAGAGCUUGGAUGUUGGGAAAGAUUCAAUCGAUGCGACAAACGACGACGAUGUGGAUUAG